AUGAGGAAUAAGCUGUGGUACUUCGAAUUAGGCACCAGCGAAACGCUAUCUAGCUCAUGUAAAAAUCUCCACGAGCAGAUUGAUAUUCAUUGUAUGGUGAAAACAAGUGGAUUGUCAAGACUGCUCACUGAAGUAUCGCCUGUUGACAUUCAUUCCAUCUACGGGGGUCUACAGAUCUCUGGGGAAAGAGCCGAAAAGGAAAGCCUCGUUUUGCGGUACUUUCAUGUAGCUCGCUCAAACUCGGACGAAAAGAUGCAGUUGCAGUCCAGGGUGCAGGAUAUUGGCGAUGGUCUCAUUGAGCUCGUCGGAUUGGAAUCGGCUAUGCAAAUGGGUCAGAUAAAAGCCGGUGUGCGAGGAGCUCGCAGGCUCUCGCAGUGCUCUACUAUUGUCAUCGAGACAUUUAAGUCGUUCCCCAUGCAAAUCGACGGCGAGCCUUGGAUGCAACCGCCAUGCAUGAUCCAAAUCACGCACAAAAACCAAGUCAAGCUGCUCGUUGCUCCGAGAAAGCGAAGCUCUUGGUCGUUGCUGAGUCGUCAGUCGACAUCGGAUGAUCUCUAA